AUGGCUCAUCGGCUCGCGUCGGGGACUCUGGUGCCGCCUCUCGCUGCCCUAUGGCGAGGGGGCUGCCGGACGCACACACCGGCUGGACUCAGGGACCUGGCACCGAUCCGGCAGUGGCCCAAGGGGAUCCGCACUCCGCAGCAGGACUAUCCAGGGAGCAGAGCAUCCGCUUGGCAAUGGCUCUGCUCAAAACCACCCAAAGGCUUUGAGAAGUAUUUUAAGAAGAAUGGAAAAAGUCCCGGCCCAGCAGAGGAUGCUCACCAGACUAAAGGCCUCCCUGAUCCAAAAGAUCUCGGUCAUGGGGGAAAUGGCGGAGGAGGUGGCGGCAAGAGAGGAGGGAAGAAGGAGGAUUCUGGGUGGUGGAGGCGCGUGUGGAAGGGAGAGUUCCCCUGGGAUGACAAGAACUUCUGCUACCUGGUUGUCAUGGGGGCAGGUGCUGCCGUGGGAUUCCUCUCUUUUUUUUGGCAAGAUCCUGGCAGAGAAAUCAACUGGAAGCAUUUUGUCCAUUACUACUUGGCUAGAGGAUUGGUGGACCGUCUGGAAGUGGUGAACAAACAGUUUGUGCGCGUGGUCCUCGUGCCGAGUGUGAGCUCAGAGAGGUACGUCUGGUUUAACAUCGGCAGCGUCGACACGUUUGAACGGAACCUGGAGACCGCCCAGCUGGAGCUGGGAAUGGAAGGCUCCCAGCAGGUGGCAGUGAUUUACACCAGGGAGAGUGACGGCACAUUCCUCAUGAGCAUGGUGCCCAUUCUGCUGCUGGUUGGCUUCCUUCUGUUCACUCUGAGACGCGGGCCAAUGGGAGCCGGGCGCGGAGGACGAGGGGGCGGGCUCUUCAGCGUUGGCAAGACGACGGCCAAGAUCCUGAAAGACAACAUUGACGUGCAGUUCCGAGACGUGGCCGGCUGCGAGGAAGCCAAGCUGGAGAUCAUGGAGUUCGUGAACUUCCUGAAGAACCCCAAACAAUACCAAGACCUGGGCGCCAAAAUCCCAAAGGGCGCUGUGCUCACGGGCCCGCCGGGCACCGGGAAAACCCUCCUGGCCAAAGCGACGGCGGGAGAAGCCAACGUUCCCUUCAUCACGGUGAACGGCUCGGAGUUCCUGGAGAUGUUUGUGGGCGUGGGGCCCGCCCGGGUUCGGGACAUGUUUGCCUUGGCCCGCAAACACGCCCCCUGCAUCCUGUUUAUCGAUGAGAUCGACGCCAUCGGCCGGAAGCGGGGCCAGGGGAACUUCGGGGGGCAGAGCGAGCAGGAGAACACCCUGAACCAGCUGCUGGUCGAAAUGGACGGGUUCAACUCCAGCAUCAACGUGGUGGUGCUCGCAGGAACAAAUCGCCCAGACAUUCUGGACCCUGCGCUGCUGAGACCGGGGCGCUUUGACCGUCAGAUUUACAUUGGUCCGCCUGAUAUCAAAGGCAGAGCAUCCAUCUUUAAGGUCCACCUCCGGCCCCUGAAACUGGAGGAAAGCAUCAGCAGAGAUGCCCUGGCUAGGAAAUUGGCUGCAUGGACUCCACGAUUCACUGGUGCUGACAUCUCCAACGUCUGCAAUGAGGCUGCCUUGAUUGCCGCUCGCCACUUGAAGCCCUCUGUCACCGAGAAGCACUUUGAGCAGGCCAUCGAGAGAGUCAUCGGGGGUCUCGAGAAGACGACCCAGGUUCUGCAGCCGAACGAGAGGACCACAGUGGCCUAUCACGAAGCUGGGCAUGCUGUGGUGGGAUGGUUCCUGGAGCACGCUGAUCCCCUGCUGAAGGUGUCGAUCAUCCCCAGGGGCAAGGGGCUGGGCUACGCGCAGUACCUGCCCAAGGAGCAGUACCUGUACACCAAGGAGCAGCUGUUCGAUCGCAUGUGUAUGAUGCUGGGUGGCAGGGUAGCUGAGCAGCUGUUCUUUGGGCGCAUCACCACGGGCGCUCAGGACGACUUGAAGAAGGUGACGCAGAGCGCCUACGCCCAGAUCGUCCAGUUUGGGAUGAGUGACAAGCUGGGCCAGGUCUCCUUCGACUUCCUGUGGCAGGGUGAGCUGCUCACAGAGAAACCAUACAGCGAGGCGACGGCCCAGCUGAUAGACGAGGAGGUCCGAAGCCUCAUCAACUCUGCAUACGAAAGAACCCGGGAGCUACUGACGCGGUGUCACGACCAGGUGGAGAAAGUAGGAAAGCGUCUCUUGGAGAAAGAAGUGCUGGAAAAAGCGGACAUGGUUGAAUUGCUGGGCCCCAGGCCCUUUGCAGAGAAAUCCACCUAUGAAGCGUUUGUAGAGGGCACCGGGAGCUUGGACGAAGACACCUCCCUCCCAGAGAGCCUGAAGGACUGGAACUGCGAGAGAGAUGAGGAGAGCCAGGAGGAGAGAGCGCAGGAGAGCACCUCCUAG